AUGCCUAAAGGAAGUUCAUUUACACACGAACAUCAGCGACUUUCAACUGGAGUGGAUGAUUUAUGGGACGCAGAUGCGGAUAAGUACAAAUGCUGCUGUCGUUUGAUACAUGUUGUACGCGCAUCGUUGUAUAUUGCAUAUGUUCAGAUGCUUGUCACAUUCGUUUUUACCGUCUUCUUCACUUACUACUAUAUUCAGGCGGUGAAAGGCAAUCUACCAGCGGAGCAUUGGAUUAGCCAAUUGGGCGAACGUUACAUCACAUCUUGGCUGUUUGCGGUUUCAAUACAACUGAUUCUCGGUGCAAUGGUAAUUCAUGGUGUUUACACAGAACGUCGAGCUUUUUUAAUACCAUUCAUCCUGUUCGCAUUUAUCGCCAUUGUCUUCGGUUUCACUCAAAUUGUGAGCGAUUGCUUCAACAUUGUUUACGUAUCUCAAGCUCAUUCUGGCAGUGACGCUAAUCAGUUCAUCUCGCAAAUGAUUGGUACAAUGGUGCAUGUAUGGUGUGUAUCGAUUGUCUGGCGUUGCUAUGGAUUCUUGGGAGACAAGAAGGUAGCACGUCAGAUCUGCGAACAACUCUCAGCAACUCACGCAGCAUUCCACUACGCUGAUAUUCCAUAUGGCUAUGUGGCAAUGCCACAACCACCAACGUACGCUGAAACAGUGAUCAGCACUGAUAAACAACCUAUUGCUAUUUCUUAA